UCUGCAUUAUAUUCUACCAGUUAGUUUUGACAUCUUGUUGAAAGUGGAGCGUGUUACACAAAAGUUGGUGAUCUUCUGCCGAAAAACUGAAAACUUCACGAUUAAUCAUUAAAUUCGAGCACAGUAAUACAUGCAAAUAAUUGUUCCCUUGCUAAAAACAUGUUUGGAAAUUUUUGGCAUUCCAUCAUCAUAGUGAUCAGUUUUGAGUUGCACGACUGCAUCUUUUGCAUCUCGUGGAUUAAAAUGAGGAUGUAUGAUUUGUUCACAAUUUCAAAAUGAGGGUAUAGGGUGUAUGAUUUGUUCACAAUUUCAAAAUGAGGGUAUACAUAAUGAGCUCACAUUUUUCAGAUAAACUUUUGGUUCAGAAUAAAGUCAAACGUGACAAGAACUGCAUCAGUUGCUAACGAACUGGGCCCCAUCAGCCAUGCAUGAAGCUUGCUUGACUGGUGGGUCCAGUUGGGUCGCUAAUCCAAAUGUGGUGGGCCUAUUUGGGCUGAAUUGUUUUACUGGGCCGGCCUUGCGAUGUGUACCCGUUGGUGAUAAGACGUCUCAUCUUGUGACGCGCCAACCGCGUCGCUCGCGAGCAGCGCAGCAGCCAGCCAUGGCGGUGGCGGUGGCGGCGUCGCUCUCGACCCCGGCGCCAUCGCCGGCGGCCGGGGGGAGGGGCCGGAGGAGGGUGAACGUGGCGGUGGCGUCCCUGCGGCGGGCGGCGGCGGGAGGUGGCUCGAGCUGGCGGAGCGAGCGGCGGCUCAUGUCGGAGCUGGAGCGCACGGUGACGCCCGGCGCGGCGGAGCGCGUCAUCCGCAGCUACGUCGCCUCCAAGUCGGAGCGCGCCGCCCUCGCCGCGCUCUCCCGCCUGCUCAUGGACUCCGACCCCUUCGCCAUCCCGUUCUACGAGGUGGUCACCCAGGCGCGGUGGUUCAAGUGGAGCUCCAUCCACGCCGCCGCCGUCGCCGCGCUGCUCGAGAGCAAUGGCAGCGCGGAGGAAUCAAGAUCCCUCAUCUCCGACUCCAUCUCGCGCCUCCACUCCACCUCCUCCUCCUCCGAGGAGGUGUCCCUCUUCUACUGCGACCUCAUGGCGGCCUUCUCCUCCCGCGGGAUGCGAGACCGGGCGAUGGAUUUCUACUCCCAGCUGCGAGCCUCGCCGCCGCUGUCCGGGAAGAAGACCUACACGGCGAUGAUAAAAUCUCUGUGCCUGAUGGGCCUCGCCGGCGAGGCGGAGGCGGCGCUGAGGGAGAUGGCGUCUCGGGGGCACCAGCCGGAGGCGUUCCAGUUCGGAUUGGUGGCGAAGUGCUACGGCAAGGCGGGAUCCAUGGCCGAGAUGGAGAGGGUGAUCUCGUCCAUGUCCGACGCCGGCAUCCGCCUCGGCACCGGCGCGGCGAACAUCGUGCUCUCGUGCUACACCUCCUGCCGUGACCAUUCCAGGAUGCUGGCAUGGCUGAGGAGGAUGAGGAAGCUGCGGAUUGCGCCGACGACGAAGGCCUUCAACUUUGUGCUCAACUCAUGCCCAACAGUAGCUUCGAUGGCUCAAGAAUUGGGGGAAUCACUGCCAUUGUCAACGGCUGAGUUGGUCAAGAAGCUCAGGUCUGCAUCUCAAUGGCCAGCAGAAGCUGAGCUGGUGCAGGAGCUCCUGACAUCCUCUUCGGUGCUCGACAAGGCGAUGGAUUGGUCGGAGUCGGAGGUGAAGCUGAACCUCCAUGGAUUCAGCACAAUUGCAGCCUAUGUUUUGAUUUUGCAGUGGGUGGAUGCGAUGAAGGCGCGCCGCGCAUUGCCAUUGGAGGUGUCAGUGGUGUGUGGCAUUGGCAAGCACAGCGAUGUCAGAGGUGAGCCCAAGGUGAGGGAGCUGGCUCAGGAGGUUCUGAGCAGGAUGGGGAGCCCCCUGAGGCUGUCCAUGAGGAACAAAGGCCGGCUUGUCGCCAAGCGCGACAGGGUGAAGCAAUGGCUGGCCACUGACUGGAGCUCUCCGGUGGAUGAGGAGAGCACAGAUCAAUCACCUAAUGGGGACAACCAGCAACCAUUUUUACUUACACUCAUGAGAAAACUAGGACAGGUUCUGUCACCAUUUCUGCAGUUCUCAAAGGGUAAAGCAUAAGAGAAGCACCUCUCUUAUGUAGGUUUUUCAGAUAGUUUGGUCUUUGGAUAGUUCAGCAUCUUUGCCAUGCUGUAGAUUGAUACAAGCAUUGUCUUGGUCUAGUGAAUCCUAAGUUCUAGUUCUGAUGCCGAAAUGCUAUGCGUCGGCCAGCUGCUUGAAGGUUAUGGGACUGACAAACCGUGCUGCCCCGUCAUAGAAGGCAAGGCCUACAAUCUUGGAGGUGGCCUGGGUAGGGUGGAGGAGAUCCCAGAAGAGAUAUCUGCUACGGUCAGCGCAGCAGCUGGAGCUGGGGGUACAGGCUUCCUCGGCGUUGAACUUGCCACCACCACCACAGCAUGCACUCUUCACCUCUACAAACCCUGAAAUCAAUCAGCAAGUCUGUGAGAUCUCAGAUAUAGCUGAAAAGUAGACGGUUACAAUUCAAUUCAUGCUAAGUAGAACUGUGACAAUGUUUGAGGUGUGAGUUCCAGGUCAUAUUACUCUUUGCUUAAACUGAGGUAACUUACCAGCAGCUUGUGGAUUUUCAAUUAGGCUGGAGAUAAGUUCAUAGGAGCUGGCAAUGGAGUACUUCAUUCCCUGCAUUUCGGAGCUGAGGUCACGGAACAGGUCCCGGAUUUCGCCGUUCAGUCUCUUGGCCAACUGGUUUAGCGGUUCGAAGCACUCUCCGGUCGGGUUCUGACUUCUCAAAUAUGGGCAGCACCCGAGUAAUGGCACAUUGAUCACUGCAAACUUCCUUGCUCCUAAAUUGUAUAAUGUCUACAAGAAUACUUCAACAGUUACUAACUUAAUAAAACAUAAUUUGUUUGCCAGCAUGCCAAGCAUUUCGAGUUUGAGUUGCAUUUGGUGGACAAUUGAAAUGAGGGAGUAUGUUCUGUUCAAAAUUUCAGAUAUAUUGAUUCAGACUAAAGUAAAAUGUAACAUGAGUUGCAUCAAUUUCUUUCUUUUACAUAGAAGGAAGCUUUUAUUAAGUUGCAUCAAUUGCUACUGGCCUAUUAGCAUCUUGAAGCUUGAAGGAACUGGAUCAUAGUUCGGAUCUCUUACUUUCACAUGACUAUCAUAUGUGGAGAUAAAAGCUUCACAGAAUUCCUGAAUUGCUGUAGAGUCUGGCGAUUUGUUCUGCGAGAAGAAUUCAAAGGCGUCAUUCCCACCAGCACUGAUGAGGAAGAUGGAUUUUGACAGCAAUGUUGACGCUUUUUCGGCGCUCAAUAUGGUCGAAAUCUGGUCUCUGAGAUCUGAGAAGUACUCUAUCUGCUUUGUCAUGCUGAUUGUAGUCCCCUGGUGCAAUGAUAAUUUGUUAAGUCAGUUGUCAGUUGUGUGCAGUAAACUGUACUAGUAGUUGCACUUUGGAAAAGUAAGUAACCAAAUUUUGAACCAGGGAGCAGAAUUUAUAGCUUUAGUUGAAGGUUGGAAGAAAAUUUUCAACUUUAGGAUCAAAAUGGUUUUGGAGAAUUUUAUGCGUACUGUGGAAUCAAGAACACCGGAGCCUCCGGAAGCAAAGCUGGCUCCUUUCAUGGCGGAUGCAGCUGCCAUCAUCAUGUUGCUCAUCACCUCACCACUGCUGUUAGCAUCCAUGGCGAUGAGAGAGAGUGAUGAAGCUACUUAGACUACUACUCACCUAUGAAGUCGACGCCGAUGAGGCCAUUGCUGAACCUCCCCGUCGGCUCGCCGCCGGGGAAGUCGACACCGUUGUGAGGGAAGUCGGCCCUGGCACUGAUUCCGGCCAGGUAAUUGUUGUUCCCGGCGUCGACCGUCGAGUCGCCGAACACGAAGAUCGCCGGAACCUUCGCCGCGCCGCCACCGGCAGCGCCCCUCGCCGUCACAGCAGCCACGGCCAUGGCCACGAGAAGCAACCGGAGCUCGGUAGCUCGUAGCACAGCCAUGGCUAUGAGAAGCAAGUGACCUUGUGACAAUACAAGCAGAUCAGCUAGUUAUAUAUACAGAGAAGAGAGAGAGCUAGCUCAGUGCUUAAUUAGUACAGGAUUUGGGUUGGAAUGUGAUUACAUUCACCCUUACAGUUACUUGUUACUACAAUUAACUGUACUCAGUAACUACCACAAGGCUCAAGAGAGAACAAAAAGGAGGAAGCCAGCUUGUCUGGAAAGUUCUUGAUUCUUGAUGCCCAGGACAAAAGCACUAGGGGAUAAGAAAAAUUGGAGCAAGAUCCAAUUGAUUGUGCAUUUUACAAGCUAUGUUUUGAUAAAGAUGUAGCAGUGCUUAUAUUU